AUUCACGUUUCUUUCUGGACGGAUGCGACUAUCCUUUUGUGAUGUUGCGCAGCAAUCAUGGCCAUGGCCAUGAGCUCCCGCUUCCCGGCGCCAACUUAGCCGUUGCUCGGCUCGCCCAACGGACAACGGUCACCUCGCAGUCCCGCGCGCUCAGUAUUUAAGCCUACCCCGGCACAGGGCACACCCCUUGUCAAAGAACAAACAAGUAACAACGUCGCAACACCAGCUAAGCACACGACAGACAGCUCCAGCUCUGCUCGGUGCAAGUGCAAUGGCGUCGAGCCCCAGCUCCAGCUCCAGCCUGAGGAGCUCCUGCUCCUUCCCCAACCUGCUGCUGUGGCUCCUCAACCUCUCCCUGCUCGCCCUCGCGGCGUCCGCGCUCGGCCCGGCGCUGCUGCUCCGGCCCCGCCCGACGCCCUUCGGCUGGGCGCUCGUCUCCGUGCACGCCGCCACUCUACUCUCCGCCCUCGCGUCCAUGUACACGCACCUCGCCCGCCGCCGCCUCUGCUGCCACGCUCACGCGGCCCUCGCGGUCACCGCGCUCUGCAGCCACGCGCUCGCCUCCUACGCCCUGCUCCUCCGCCGCGACCGCAGCCUCGCUCUGCUCGCGUCGGCCAGGGACCGGAGGGAGCAGGUCGCGCUGGUGCUCCUGGAGGCGGCGCUGCUGCUGGCCAUGUUCCUCGUGCAGGCCGUGGCGCUGGCGGCGGCCUGCGCCGUGGGCCGGCGGUGGGCGAGGGAGCACGAGGCGGCCGAGGCCGAGAAGGCCGCCGCGGCGAGGAAGAUGGCGCGCGUGCGGGCCGGCGUGACGCCCGUGGACGAGAAGGGGGCGAGCGGCAAGGUGGUGCUCACGGGAAACGCCGACGAGUGCUGAACGAAGAUGUGCCGUGUGUUUAAAUAGAGCUGUCGGUCGCUUUCUUUGCAUAUUGUCUGAACAGCUCUCACAAAUACAGUACAGUAAUUUGGUUCAAGUUCUACUGUUGAAUACAGAAACCAAGCUCA